GCCAUUCACUCUGUCAGUUGUCAGAAUUGCAGUUGUCAUCCCAGCAAGUUAUUUAUAAUUUAAAGGGGUUUGUUUAAACACAUUUUUAAGCGAAAUACACUAUUCUAUCACAGAUCUGGAAUAAUGGAAUGCAUAGGCAGUGAAAAUGAUGUAAACGUAGUGGAAAGCAAAAAUUCGGAAACUAGCACCAAAGAUGAUAAAAGUGAUAUAACAAGUGAUAGACCUACAGACGAACCGUCAGACGACAAGUCAAUAGAACCUACUGAGUGCAAAAUACCUAAGACAGAGGAGAACUCAAUAGUGGAAAGCUUGGCAAAGGCCUCAAGUGACUCUGUUGAGACCGUUGAUAUUAAGGUUAUUUUCAACAAGAAAAAGUACGAUGUGAGUCCACCAUCCAACUUACUAAUAUCCGAAUUCAAAAAACAGCUGCAGGGUUUACUAGGUGUACCAGAUUCUAUGCAAAAAUUAAUGUUCAAAGGCUUGUUGCAAGACAGCCAAACCAUCAGCAGUGCUGGCAUUACUAAAGGGGCAAAAAUCAUGCUAGUGGGUUCCACCUUAAAUGAUAUUCUGGCUGUUUCAUCAGUUAGUAAGCAGGAUGUGGCGGAGAUGGAGAAGGCCUCCACUGUUAAAGAACCUUUAUGCAAACAAAAAAUCCACAGGAAAGUCCUAGACAAAGGAGUGCCUGAUGAUGCAAUGCCAGGCAUUAAGAGUCUUAAGGAAUCUCUGCCCCCCGUUCCACUAUCGGGCAUGCUAAACAAGCAUGGAGGCAAAGUGAGAUUAACUUUUAAGCUAGAAAAUGAUCAGUUAUGGUUGGGUACAAAGGAGCGCACUGAAAAGCUACCAAUGGGCUCGAUUAAGGACGUAGUCUCAGAACCAAUAGAGGAGCAUGAAGAGUACCACAUUAUGGGGCUGCAACUGGGCGCCACUGACGCAUCGAAGUAUUGGAUUUAUUGGGUUCCGGCCCAGUAUGUCGAUGCGAUCAAAGACGCUGUCCUGGGUAAAUGGCAACUGUUUUGAUUUCAGAUCAGUAAGUGCCACUAAACCAGUCAAUUUUGAAAAUUUGUAUUUUCCGUUCUUAUCAACAUUUGCAGAAUAUACCAUGUUGUACAUAUAAUAAAACACCGAAUGAUGCGUUGCAAAUUUGACAAAUUUAAGUGUGUAGCUUAAGAAUUCAUCUCGUAAUUAAUUAAAUUCUUGGCACUAAACUAAUGAAGCACCGGAUCUGGAAAGCGUAACUGACUAGUCAAUUUAGGCGAUUCAAAUAGAAAAGUCUUACGCUACUAGAGAGAUAAAGUUCAGGGCAAGCAAAAAAUUAGGCUUAGGGAUUGAUCAGUAAUUGUGUUUAUUGUGGUGUUUUUUCAAAUUUUGCAUAGUUGCAAAACUGCUCAUUUUAUUUGGGGUAAAUUGAACACCUUUUUACUGGAUAUAACAUCAAAAAAAUGAAAAACUCUUCAACUCCAUUGGCAGUACAGUAGUACUAUCUAUUCAUAAAUGUAUUACUACUUAUCUUUUACCUACGCUAAAACAAAACAUGGAUAAAUAAAGUUUUUUAUGUUUUUUACAAGGAA